AUGAAGACAAUCGCAGUUGCGCUUAUCUUGAUGUUCGCUGGCGUCAAUGCCGUGCCUUACGAAGUUCAAAAUGUUGAUCUAGAGGACAAGACAAAUUCUAACGACAUCAUUGGUAUUGUCGAUAGUAUCACCCAGCUGAUCAAAGAUAAUGGUCUUGACCCAUACGUAGUGGAAUGGGCUGAGGGCGCCUACAAUUUACCGGUGAACGGCAUCUUCAGCGCCGAAGCUUAUAUCAAGAACUUCGUGCUCUCCGGCCUCAGUAACUGGAAUGUAAACGACAUCGGGUUCAAUAAGAACAUCUUGAGUGUCGACAUCGAGCUGCCACUACUGGAAGCUAGCGUUGGGCUUCGUGUCGCUGGUCAGUUAAAUCUCGGGCUAUCUGGACAAUUGACCGAUAGGUUAGUUCUCCAGUGCAGCCUUGGGGAUAUUGAGUCUGAACUUUACUUCAACCUCUUUGGCAACGACUUAUCCGACAGCGUGAAUGAUUUUGUGGGCAACAGAGUUCCUUCUGCCCUCAUCGAAUUCGAGGAGCAACUCAACCGCCUCUUCGUCAAUAUCAUUACGUCUAUUUUGAACCGUCUGACA